AUGCCCAACGGAUCCUUUCAUGUUGCCAGGAGCCCCCACACCCCAGCUGGCACCUUCCAGAACCUUCCCCGCUGCCACCUCUACUUUUACACCUCAGAAACCAUGUCAGUGGGGCAUCGUGAUGUAUUAGUGAGGGGAGCAGGCCUGCGGAGGGGAUUGAACAGCUUUCCCCACCUAUCGUUUAUCAGCGCUGCCAAAGUGCCCUACCUGGGCCAGGUCCGGGGCCUAUGGGCCUUCGUACCCGCCCCUCGCCUCAGGCCUCCGGGCUGUGAGGCGGAGACGGCAUCGGCAGCAGCUCUGAGGCAGCUACAAGCCGAGGGGCCCUCGACAAGUCCCCAGCGAGUCCCGCAGACUCGUGGACAUCAUAAUGCCUGCAAGUCCAAGCGACUCGGAGGCGGCGCUGCGAAAGGGUGGGCGGGAACUACAUCUCCCAGCGGCCGCUACAAUGUCCCGCCCCUCCCCGCCUCUGGCGGCCGUCGGCGGGGCUCGCCGGGCGCCGUGAGUCAGUGCCCAGUAAACAUUGGCGUGAGCCGCCGGCUCCGCCAUGGUGGCGGCGCCGUGAGGGCGGGGGGCGGCGCGGCGGGCUGGGCGCGGCGGCGGCAGGCGGGCGGGUGGCGGGGUGCCGGGGCCAUGGACGAGCUCAAGCACCAAGUGAUGAUCAACCAGUUCGUGCUGGCGGCCGGCUGCGCCGCAGACCAGGCCAAGCAGCUGCUGCAGGCAGCCCACUGGCAGUUCGAGACUGCUCUCAGUGCUUUUUUCCAAGAAACAAACAUCCCCUACAGCCACCACCAUCAGAUGAUGUGCACUCCUGCAAACACGCCGGCCACGCCGCCCAACUUCCCCGACGCCCUCACCAUGUUCUCCCGCCUCAAGGCCUCCGAGAGCUUCAACAGCAGUAGCCCUGUGGCAUCCAUGGCGACUUCCCCACCACCCCCGGCCCCGCCGCUGCCCCAACACGGGGCCUUCAACCCCACCUGGCCUGCGGCUUCGCCCCCCGGCCAGCAGCAGAGCAUGUGGACUCCGGCCCCCCCAGCACAGCCCUCGGGCUGGCCAGCCGCCGUCUCCCAGCAAGCCACUGCAGAACAGAAGGCCAAUGUGACCGUGGAGGCAGAGAGAUGAGGCCAUGGUGGAGAGCAGCAGGGACCCCUGCGUAUAAAUAAAUAUAUUUUUUUUCUUUCCCCCCUACUCCCCAAAGAGGAGAGGAACUCUGCUGCCAGGGUGUCUGGCAGCCACCAAGACAUGAGCAAAUAGCUGCCUUGCAUGGGUUUGGUUUGAAGUAGUUUUUACUUGUCCUCGAGCUCAACAGAGGUGCCCAGAGACAGCAGGAGGCUGCGUGGGACGUGGGACCGGUGCUGGUCUCUGCCUGGGACCCCUGCCGCUGCCAGGCUCUUGGGGAGGGAGCACCCCCUCCUCUCUUGGGACACUGGAGUUUGCAUGCAAGUGACAUUUACAGAGGAGGUCCCUACUUCAGAGUCCCCUGGGCCACCCCACCAGACAGAGUGGGUUGUGGCUGUUUCCCCCCAUACCUUGGCCCCACUUUACUGGGUGGAGGGUACACAGCCUGCGGCUUGGAUUUUUGUGAGGCAAGGAGGGAUGGAGGUCUGUGCCUCCUUGGCCGCAGCCUCCACUCCACAUGCUCCAUGCUUGCUGGUGAGCAGGGCUGGGGGAUGCCUCACCCUUCACUAGUCCCAGCAAUGGUGGCCAGGGUGGCCCAGCUGGGCCUGAGAUGGGGUUUGCCCCGGGGCUGUUUGCAUGACACAGUGUAACCCUAGAGACUGGGAUCGUUUUUAACCCCUCUGUUCCUUUCUCCCGGCGGCUGGAAGGCUCUCCAGCCCCGCCACAGCCGCUUGCAAUACACGCUCUGCUUUCAACCCGUGUCCUUGCUUCGUUCAGCAGUCAGGGGAC